ACGGGAACAGGGCGUUUCGGAGGGGGUUGCCAUGGGGACCUGGAUGCUGACGAAGGCUCGCGAGGCUGCAUGCAGCCACAGUGCCCUGCUCAGAAGCCCCGGGCUCGUCAGUCAAGCCCGUUCUCAGUUCGCACUCGGCAGCACGGGCAGGCGAGUGGCUCCCAGUUCCGGAAGCAGAGCGGCAGUGCUUCAGUCCUGGUUGCCUGGCCCCGAACCUCGCCUGCCCGCCCAGCACCAGGAUGGCCACCAUCACCUGCACCCGAUUCACGGAAGAGUACCAGCUCUUCGAGGAACUGGGAAAGGGCGCCUUCUCGGUGGUUCGCAGGUGUGUGAAGGUGCUGGCCGGCCAGGAGUAUGCUGCCAAGAUCAUCAACACCAAGAAGCUCUCAGCCAGAGACCAUCAGAAGCUGGAGCGUGAAGCCCGCAUCUGCCGCCUCCUGAAGCACCCCAACAUUGUCCGACUCCAUGACAGCAUCUCUGAGGAGGGACACCAUUACCUGAUCUUCGACCUGGUCACUGGUGGGGAGCUGUUUGAAGACAUAGUGGCCCGGGAGUAUUACAGUGAAGCUGAUGCUAGCCACUGUAUCCAGCAGAUCUUGGAGGCAGUGCUGCACUGCCAUCAGAUGGGGGUGGUGCACCGGGACCUGAAGCCUGAGAAUCUGCUGCUGGCCUCCAAGCUCAAGGGCGCUGCGGUGAAGCUGGCGGACUUUGGCCUGGCCAUAGAGGUGGAAGGAGAACAACAGGCGUGGUUCGGGUUUGCAGGGACACCUGGAUACCUCUCCCCAGAAGUGCUGCGGAAGGACCCUUAUGGAAAGCCUGUGGACCUGUGGGCCUGUGGGGUCAUCCUGUAUAUCCUGCUGGUUGGGUACCCUCCAUUCUGGGAUGAGGACCAGCAUCGCCUGUACCAGCAGAUCAAAGCUGGCGCCUAUGAUUUCCCAUCACCCGAGUGGGACACCGUCACUCCGGAAGCUAAGGACCUGAUCAAUAAGAUGCUGACCAUUAACCCGUCCAAACGUAUCACAGCUGCCGAGGCCCUCAAACACCCCUGGAUCUCGCACCGGUCCACUGUGGCCUCCUGCAUGCACAGACAGGAGACCGUGGACUGCCUGAAGAAGUUCAACGCCAGGAGAAAACUGAAGGGAGCCAUCCUCACCACCAUGCUGGCCACCAGGAACUUUUCGGGAGGGAAGAGUGGAGGAAACAAGAAGAACGAUGGUGUGAAGGAAUCUUCGGAGAGCACCAACACCACCAUUGAGGAUGAAGACACCAAAGUGCGGAAACAGGAAAUUAUAAAAGUGACAGAGCAGCUGAUUGAAGCCAUAAGCAAUGGAGAUUUUGAGUCCUACACGAAGAUGUGCGACCCUGGAAUGACAGCCUUUGAACCUGAGGCUCUGGGGAACCUGGUCGAGGGCCUGGACUUCCAUCGAUUCUAUUUUGAAAACUUGUGGUCCAGGAACAGCAAGCCCGUGCACACCACCAUCCUGAACCCCCACAUCCACCUGAUGGGUGACGAGUCAGCCUGCAUCGCCUACAUUCGCAUCACGCAGUAUCUGGACGCCGGCGGCAUCCCCCGCACGGCCCAGUCCGAGGAGACCCGCAUCUGGCACCGCCGGGACGGCAAAUGGCAGAUUGUCCACUUCCACAGAUCUGGGGCGCCCUCUGUCCUCCCGCAUUGAAGGACCGAGCUGGGGGUCACUGCGUUGCUGUGUCACGGGGACCCGCUCUUUGUCCGUGGAAUGUGGCUGCUGGUUCUCCCACUUGGAUUUUGCUGGAAUUCCCCUCACCGCGUCACCCUUCCACGACGUUGUCAAUCACCGCUGUACCUGGGUCAAGAAAACCUGCCUGUUCACAAAAGCCAUCACGACUUCAGAGCAAAUGGCCACAUCCUGCUCCAUACCCUGCCCCGCCCCAUGUCUCCCACUCACUCGCUGGCCUUCUCCCAUCGACUUUUCCUUGUGGCUUCCCCUGGUGGGGUGGGCUUCCCCAGGCCUGGGUACCAGGUGGCUGGCUCCCAGGACCACCCCACCAGGCUAUGGGCUAGGACCAGGGGUGGGGAGAAGGAGGGGCGGAG